GAUCUGGUAGGUUGGUAAUCAUAAGGGAAAGGCUUGUCGAUCCUGCUGAAGAAUGAAAACUGCGGUGGGGCUGUUGUUGUUGCUGGGGUGCUGUCUGGCCAAGGCAGAGGUUCUCACUGAAAACCAUGUACAGGCCAGCAACGUAACAGUGGCCUUGGAGGGCCAGGCUACAGAGCAGCUCAAGAAAGAGAAGGUGGCGUUCACAGCUGCAUUAUCUAAUGCAGGAGAUAUGGGACCCUACGAGACAGCGAUCACCCUGGUCUACACUAAAGUCAUUACCAACAUCGGCAAUCACUACAGCGCCACUACAGGGAUCUUCAAAGCACCAGUGAGAGGAGCCUACUACUUCACAUUCACGGUGUUCAUUUCGACUGAACGGGGAUCCGUUGCUGGCAUUGAUCUCUGCAAGAACGGAGUAUCUAUAGUGUCUUCAGUCCUGUGGAUGAAUAUUCCUAACCAUGAAUACUCCACCAAUACCGCUAUACUGCAGCUGGAGGAGGGAGAUCAGGUCUCUAUGCGCCUUCCAAAAGACCACACAAUCUAUGACGAUGAAGUUAAUCGUUGCACCUUCAGUGGGUUCCUGCUGUUUAGCCUGUAAGAGCACACUUACAGUAUAAUGUAAGAAAGCUAGAGCGGCACUAGAAAAGGUUCAGAGAAGGGCAACCAGACUGAUUUUAUGUAUAAAAUGUGCUUUAAGGGUGCUUUACCCAAACUGCCCCAGUGUACGGACAUCUAGCUUUAUAAUGGGACAGUGUGUAACAAAUGCAAAAGCUGUGCAAGUCUCUCUGGGUAAGAAAAUAAUAAUAAAAAUAAAUAAAUGCCUGCAGUGUAA